GUUUCAUGAAUUCAGUUUGACAUGUUGGAAGUUGAGAGAUGAGAGCAGAGGACCCACGACAAACUGUGCCUACAGGUCAGGGCGUAUUUCACAAGAGACUCGGACCAAUGCAAAACUAGACUACGGACUGUGACCGGUCACUCUGUCCAGUUGUUUGUCAUGUUUUAAAGUUGGCAGGCAGUUGUCGCGCAAUGCUAAAGGACGAGCGCACAUGCUAGCGCGGCCCCAGUGUCACUGCCUUUGAGUCACAGAGAGCUGUGCUGUUUUGUUCGUCACAAACAGUAGUUUGUUUUCGUUUGUGGUUGUCAGCUGCGGUGUGUUUAUGUAAGGGUCUUUAAAAAGAAAGGAGAUAUUUUACUUUCUUUUUAGCCAGCAAGGACAGCUUCUCUUCAAAGAGCAGGACUUUGCUUGGCUUGGACAGUGGAGAUUUUAACUUUAUUUGGACUGAAAUUAUCAUAGACUGCGGUUGACCGAGGAGCAGACGGUCUCAUAACAAUGACUUCAGAUGACUGGAGUGAACGCUAACUGUGAAGUUCAUCGCCUGCUAGGAUUUACUUUAACUGACUAAUCCCAGUGCACUCUUCCCUUCCUAUAAUGUUGGAGGGACUUGUUGCCUGGGUGCUCAACACAUAUCUGGGCAAAUAUGUGAGCAACCUUAACACUGACCAGCUCUCUAUUGCUCUUCUCAAAGGGGCAGUGGAGUUGGAGAACCUCCCACUAAGAAAAGAUGCUCUCCGAGGAUUUGAUCUGCCCUUUGAGGUCAAAGCAGGUGUCAUUGGGAAGAUCACCCUCCAGAUCCCUUUUUAUCGACCGCACAGUGACCCAUGGGUCAUCUGCAUGUCCCAGCUGAACCUGAUUAUCGGCCCUGCCCCCCCACAGGAAUAUGAUGAGGUGCGAGAAAGAGAAGCUGAGAGGGAGCAGAAGAAACAGCUGCUUAAGGCACUAGAGGACAAGUGGAAGAGUGAAUGUGAGCAGAAAGGAGAAUCUUACUGGUACUCUGUCACAGCGUCUGUUGUGACUAGAAUAGUUGAGAAUAUAGAGUUGAAAAUUCAAGGUGUCCACUUAAGAUUUGAAGAUGAUUUCUCCAACCCUGAGAAACCCUAUGCCUUUGGUGUUUGUAUCAAGAAUGUAUCUGCACAGAACUGCUCCAAAGAACCAGCUCAGAAGCUUAUUCGGCAGAAGGAGCUGGAAAUUGGUGAAUUCAGUGUGUACUGGGACACGGAGUGCACCAUGCUUGGAGAUCUUCCCUCAACAGACGUACAGGAGAUGAUGAGUAAAUAUAUGCAGAGCCGUGAGCAUCAGUAUAUAUUUGAGCCAGUAUGUGCCUCUGUGCUGGUGAGGAGGAAUGCCUCUAAAGAGCCGCUACGAUCUCGUAACACACCUCGCAUUGAGGGCCAAGUGCAACUGGAACCCCUCUCACUUCGUCUGUCACAGGUUCAGUAUCAACAGAUUAUGGCAUUCUUUAAAGAACUGGACCGACGAGAAAGGGAGAUGCUUUUUUGGAAGUGGAGACCAAAACAUCCCAUUUCUGGAAACUGUCGACAGUGGUGGAUGUUUGCCAUUAAUGCCAACCUGAAUGAGAUCAGAGAACAGCGGAGACAGGGAAGCUGGGACAUUGCUCUGCACAGGGCGCGUGAUGCCAAACUCUACACUAGCCUGUAUUUCCAGAGGCUUAAGGGAGUUACUUUGAGUCCACAGGAGGAGUGUGAGUUAGAGAGGAUUGAAGAUGAACAGACACUGGAGGAGUUGCAGAUUCUCCGGGACACUGUUUAUGUCUCCUUCCGCAAACAUGAGGAAAUUGCAGAGAGUCUACGAGAGCCUAUGAUAAAUGAGACCCCAGCCUCCCCUCCCUCAGGCUCUAUACCUAAAAGUGGGAGUUCUGGCAUGAUCCAGUAUCUGCAGUCUUGGUUCCCAGGCUGGGGUGGCUGGUAUGGAGGGGGUGAAAGAGGGCCAGAUGGACAACAUAGUGUGAAGAUCGGAGUUGAGUCUCUUCCUCGCUCAGAGUCUUCAUUACUCACAGUGAAACUUGGUGGGUUGUUUCUCCGUGAUCUCACUACCCAGGGCUCCAUCUUUCCUGUCCUUGUUUCACCAAAACCGGACAAGGUUGCUGUUGCUAUCAGUCAGCCUUUUGGCCAGACUAACUGCACAGAAAUGAGCAAUCUAUCCUCUGAUGUGGAAUCAUCAGCACCUCCUGUCUUUGAGAUGAUUUAUGAACGUAAUCCAAUAAGGAGCAAAUUUGAGAGGAGACUGGAGGUCAAUACCAGUCCUCUCAAUAUCAUUUAUAACCCUCAGGCUAUCAAGAAAGUGGCUGGUAUGGAGGAAGUGAAAGAGGGCCAGAUGGACAACCAGUUUCAGAUGACCUUCUACCUGGCACUGCCCAGAUUUGGAUAUCAGUCUGAGUUAGAGCUGAGAGUGGCUGAAGCAGCCAGGAGGCAAUACAACAAGCUGAAGAUGCAAACCAAGGCAGAAAUCAGACAAACCAUUGAUCAGCUGCUAGUUGGAGAGUUCAUUGAGAACAGUAAGCACUGGACUAUGAAAUUAGAUAUAUGUGCCCCUCAAGUCAUCUUCCCAGAUGAUUUUCAGUCUGAAGACCCCAUGCUAGUUGUGGUAGACCUUGGGCGAAUUCUUCUUACUAAUUCCCAAGAAGAUCAUAAAACAAGUCCUAAGACCUCUCAGACAGAAGGAGAAAGUGAUGAAGAAUUCCAGACACCAUUAGCAACACCUCCUGGCACUCCACCUCCAGAGAAAGAGGUGGAUGUCAAAGGUCAAGAGAGGCCCUGUGAUAUUACCAGCCUUAAGUCAACAGAAGGUGCCCAAAUUGUCAGCAAAAACCUAUAUGAGAAGUACUCCUUAUCUUUCAAUGACCUGCAGAUCAUGGUCGGUCACUAUAAAGACAACUGGAAGCAUCUACAGGACAGUGAAGUGGGCCCCACUCAUGUGGUGGAGAAAUUCAAUGUCCUACUACAGCUAGAGCAAAGACUACGAUACACAUCAGACCCUCAGUUUCCAGGGGCUGUUCUCUCUGGAACACUACCAGACCUUAAAGUGCACAUCAACCUGGAGAAGAUGACUGCCCUGAGAAGCUGCCUGGCUCGACUUGGUAAUUCAGGGGCAGAUGGAGGUGACAAACAUGGGGAGAACCUCAAAUCCCCUGACCCUCUUAUACUUCGUCAUGAGAAGAUCUUUCAGAGGGAAGAUAGUGAUUGGAAGCUCCAGAGUUCUGAUAAAAAUCUUACCAAGAGUGUGAUGACACUUGAGCAACAUACUCGAGAGGUGCUUGUGGAAUCUAGACUUCUCCUUGUAGAGUUUAACAUCAAUUACAUGCAACUUGGCAUUGAAAGUGGAGGCCAGUAUAUUUCUGUUCUGAAAGUAUUUGGAACAAAGUCACAUUUUGUAAAGCGACCUUAUGAUGCUAUGGUUUCCCUCACAGUCCAUGGGCUCUACCUUGUGGACACAUUGCAGACGUAUGGCUCUGAUUUUGAUCUUCUUGUUGCAUCUCAUAAACACCUAAGUUUUGAUGUACCUACUGGAAGUCUGCGAGAGAGCCAGCCCACAUCACCUGUCUCACCAGACGGUAAAUCUCCAGAACUGCCAGGUCUGCACAGGGACUCCUCAGAUCUUGAUUUUGACAAGGCAUCUCCACGGGGCUCUCCCCUGAGAGACCAGGAGGCACUCAUUAAGUUGGAAUACCAGUUUGUCAGCUCAGACUGCCCGUCUAUGAACUUGGACAGCUCUCUUCAGGUCAUCUCCAUGCAGGUCAACAACCUAGAUAUCAUCCUUAACCCUGAAACCAUAGUAGAGCUUUUAAAAUUCCUUCAGCAGUCUUUCCCCAAAGAUGAAAACUCUCCAACACAACAGCUACCACCACUGCCUAACGGAGAAGAGAAUGAGGAUACCUAUCAGUCCACUUAUGUCCAGAAUAAGGAGUUAACUGUUGAAAUUCACAGGUUAAACUUGCUGCUUUUGCGAACUGUUACCAUUGGGACUGUUUUAGGAGGUGAGAAAAAAGGCAUGAAAAUUGCUACUGCCAGUGUAAAUGGCACAAAAGUCAAUGUUUCAAUGGGAAGUCGAUUGGAUGUCAAUGGUUCUCUAGGAUGCAUUCAGCUCGUAGACUUGACUCAGGAAGGUGGCAGAAGUCAGUUUGUGGUCAGUAUUGGAAGUGUAGAAGACCGCUCCUCUACAGAUGGUGUGGCAUUCUUUUCCAUUCCUGGCAUGGCUCCCUCUGAAGCUUUGAGUUUCCGAUUUAUGGAAAAAUCUCAGGGAGAAUGCUCCCUCCAACUUCAGAUGGCAUCUUUACACUAUAACCACUCAGCAAAGUUCCUGAAAGAACUCAGUUUAUCAGCAAAUGAAGUAGAAGACAACUUCCGGUCUAUGCUGAAAACUGCAGCUACAACGGUCUCUACUGUAUUGGCAACAAAAACAGCAGAGUACAGUGGUAUGGUGUCUCUCUUUGAGAACCCAUACAGAAGAUCUAGGAGGCAGAGUCAGUGUAACUGGACACUUGACCCAUUUGAGGAAGACUAUUUCUGUGUCCCUGAAAAGGAACCAGGAUUGGAUUCUUUUAUGGUCAAGCUGACUCUAGAUGUCAGUAUAGAAUCCCCAGUUGUGUCUAUUCCUAGAAAACCUGGUCACCCUGAGUUGCUUGUAGGACAUUUAGGGAGCAUACGAAUUCAAAACUUUGUUACAGGGCAUGACUCAGAAGGGGAGAAACUGCAGGUUGAAGUGAAAGAUAUAAGACUCUAUUCAGUCAACACAAGCAACUUGAUUUUAAGAAAAGGAGCACAACUUAACAGCAGCGCCACGUCUGGACCCUCACCUUCUCAUGGUGGCAACAUUAAUCUGAACGAGCCACAAUUUACACGACAUGACUUCUUUGAGUACUUGAGCCGAGGAAAAGCAUUUCAUAUUCUCAAAGAUGCCACCAUCCAGCUCACUGUUGAGAAAGUCCCUGUUGAUGAAAACUUACACUUUACCUUCUCAAGUGAAGAACCUUACCAGAGCACUGGGCUAAUGAAAGUGGAUGGAAGAUUUGUUAAUGCCGUCCAGGUGUGUCUGUGUAAGCCUGUGUAUGAGCAGGUCCUUCAGACUCUCGAUAAUCUCUCCUUCAUCGAAGAUCAGAGAGUUACGCCCAGUCAGCCCCCCACACCACCACCUCCCACUCCUUCCUCCACUAAACUACAUCGCUUCCCUGAUCUGCAAGGUGGACUCUUUGCUCGUGACCCUCCUCAUGUUGGCAUUUCUUACUCCUCAUUGUCUUCAUCCCUUUCAGCAACACUUCCACUGCAAAACAAGAGCCCCCCUCUCCAGCCUCCCUCUUUUACCCAAGUGAGGGCCAUCUUUCGGGUCUCAGAGCUGCAAGUGCAGUUGAGUGGAGACCUUAGCCAAGGAUGUCAAGGGUUGGUCAGUCUGCGCUUUCAAGACCUGGAGGGGGACUUCACCAAAGAUCAUCCCCAUUCAGUCUCCAUCCAACUAGCCCUUCACUCCUUGUUAAUGGAAGACCUGCUAGAGCAAAACCCUGAAUCAAAGUACAAACACCUUAUGGUGUCCAGAGGUGCACCAAAGCCCUCCACCUUCAGUCCAAAGGAAUAUUUGUCACAAUCUUGCCCAACAACGUCCAAUGUUCUGUGCGCAGAAAUGCCCCGUUCUCUUCCAGCACAAUUUGAAGAGGCACAGAAUGUUUUCCAAUUCUAUCAAAGGCACCCCAGUACACCAUCUGCAUCCAGUCGGAAGAGCAAGAAGGAUGCAGAGUGCCCCAGUACCCCUCCUCCAUCCCCAUCCCGCCAUACUCCGUCUCCACACCCACGGCCAGACUUUGAUGAUUCUUUGGUACAUAUCAACGUGCUAAUGGUUGAUAGGCGGCACCCAGAGUUUAAGACACGAUAUGGCAGUAUCGGCCGUAGUGUGGAUGUGGACUUCAACUGCCUUGAUAUUCUCAUCACACUGCAAACCUGGGUAAUGAUUCUAGACUUCUUUGGCAUUGGCUCUACUGCUAUUAACCAUGCUGUGAAAGUGCCUACCACCACACCUCAGCCUACACCUGAACACUCACUGGAAAAUAGUACCCUCAAUGAUCUGGGAGAUUUGUAUACAGAGAUUGAGGAAAAGGUCAAUACAAAGCUAGAUUUAAAGGUUCACUCUUUAUCACUGGUACUAAGGAAGAAAUCCAACGAGCUUGCUAAAGCUAGUGUCUCUAAACUGUUUACGCAUAUGGAAAUGAUUGAUGGAGAUCUGGCAUUGCAAGGAAGUCUGGGAAGUUUGUCAUUGAGUGAUUUGACACCCCACGGUGAUCUGUACAGAGAGAGAUUCACAACACAUGGUGGAGAGGCACUUGUCUAUGACAUACACAAGUAUGGCGAACCUGACCCCUGUUUGCAGCGGGAAUAUGAUAUGAAGGUGUCUCUUCAGAUGGCCUCAGUACAGUAUGUCCAUACCCAGCGCUUCCAGGCUGAGGUGGUGGCCUUCAUCCAGCACUUCACACAGCUACAGGAUGUCCUGGGCAGGCAGAGAGCAGCCAUUGAGGGUCAGGCUGUGCGUGAGCGCCCACAGCGAGCUGCUCGUGUGCUACUGGACAUUGAGGCAGGUGCUCCUGUCCUCUUGAUCCCAGAGAGCUCCCGCUCUAAACGCCUCAUAGUGGCCAACCUGGGCCAACUCCGAGUGCGUAACCGCUUCCUGCCUGCUGGCACUCGUGGCACCUUCUCUCUCAGAGAUAAGAAUUUGAUUUUGCAUGCUAAUUCAUACAAGGAUCCCUCACAUUAUAAGGAUCGAGUGAAGGAUGCCCAGUCUGCCUCGGAUGCUGGGAAGACUAUUGAUAAAAAGUCUUCAAGUUCCAGCACAACUUCUGGAUUUACCCUGGGCAGACCCCAGCCUGGCCUCGAAUGCAUCCCAGAAGCAGAUGUGCCAUCGAGUCCAGAAGACCAUGUGUGUCUGCUGGACUGUAUAGCUCUGGACCUUCAGGAGAUGGACAUCUUUGCAGCAGAGCGGCUGCCCUGUGAGCCAUGGGACAGUGUUGGAAAGCAUCUGGAAACAGACUUGAUCUUCCCAUCUUACGCAGUUCGUAGGAGUGGAGAGAGGCUGCUAAAGGAGCGCUGCCAUCUAAAGCUGAAAGUAGAGCGCAACCUUGACAAGGAACUAAGUCAUGCUGUCCCGGACAUGUCUAUCCAUGGCAGCCUGUCUUCUGUCCACUGCUCCCUAGACCUGGAGAGGUAUCAGCUGGUCCGCGGACUCUUGGAGCACAACCUGGGAGAGCCUGUGGAGGAGUUCCUCAGACCUUACAAUCUCCAAGACCCCAGCACCUAUACCGUGUUAAGUGGUGAUGUGUACACAUCCCUGUCUCUUCUGGUGGACAUGAAGGACGUCAGUCUGGAGUUACUGGACAACCCUAAAUCCACAGGCCAUAACCACUCCUUGGCCAGGUUUGACUUUAUGAAAUCGAAGCUCCUGUUCGAGAGUUUCUCUAAUAGCUCUAAGUCUGUGAAUCUGGUGUCUCAUUCACUCCUGGCACAUGACACGCGAUUCACUGGGAGCAGUGGACCCACAGAAGGGAAACGCAAUGUGUUUGAUUGCAUUCUGCAGCCAUCCAAGACCGGCGCUAACCGAGCCUCACUGCAGCUGGAGCUACAUUACAGAUCUACGCGGGACUCCUCAUGCUUCACUGUGGUUUUAAACAAUCUGCGAGUUUUCCUCAUUUUUGAUUGGCUACAGCUGGUGAGGGACUUUCUGCACAUGCCUCCAGAAAAAGGAGCAGCGCCUACCCACCAGCGCUGGCCUAGUGGCAGCAGUGACCAAGGCGGCACAGGAGCCGUCAUGCCCAAAACAGUCAAGAGCGGCGUGGUCACUAAACGAUCCACUGUGCCAGUCACUCAAGAUAAAUACCUGGAGGUCAAAAUCAAUGUGACAGGGACAGAGUUUGUGGUCGUUGAAGAUUCUUCAUGUUUGGACGCCAAUGCUAUCAUUCUGAAAGGCACUACUGUACUCACCUACAAGCCUCGACUUCUGGACAGGCCUUUCUCUGGCAGCUUAGCAGGCAUUGAGGUAUUCUCCUGUCGACUGGGGAGUGAACAGGAAACGGCUUUGUCUAUCAUUGAUCCUGUCAAUGUACAAAUGGAGCUCUGUGGCAGCCCAACGUACCAGAGCAGUUCAGGACUCCUUGAUGCCUUCAACAUAGAGGACUUUCCACCUCUGUUGGAGAUCCAGUUUCCAGCUCUAGACAUCCGUCUUUCCUACAAUGAUGUGCUGCUUUUCCUGGCAAUAGCCAAGUCCAUUCCAACCACAGGAUCCACCGGCCCUUCGGACACUGCCACAGAAGCUGAGAUUUCAGCGUCCACUGCCAGCACAGACACUCCAUCCAAAUCAAAGGACAGCUUUAAGCAAAAGACAGAGGCUUUACUGGAGGGUCAGCUUAAACGGUUACAGGAUCUUGGGUUCAAAAGGGAAGACUGCAGACGGGCACUCAUUCACUGUAAAGGUCAGUUGGACCAAGCCACCACAUGGCUGUUGGAGAACGCAGAGAGCAUGUCUGGCCGAACCGACUCAGACUCCAGCAGCCACUCGGCUCCUCCCCUAUCUGGAGUGGAAGUGAAGGCAGAGAGCGUGUGUAUCUGCUUUAUCGAUGACUGCCUGGACUGUGACGUCCCUCUGGCAGAGCUCACCUUCUCACGUCUUUAUGUUCUCCAGAGGAUUGGGUCUAUAAAGGAAGGCAAGGCUAGUUUCACUCUGUCUGGAGAUUAUUACAACAGAGAACUCUCAGGCUGGGAGCCAUUCAUCGAGCCUUGGCCAUGUUUCCUGGAUUGGCAGCGACAGGCGGCAGGCCGGCUCCAUCCUCCUCGCCUGAAGAUCAGAGUUCGAGCCAAGCAGAGGCUGGAUGUCAACAUCACCUCGGUCUUACUGGAGCAGUACAGCACCACCAAGACUUCGUGGUUAGCAGAUUACUGCAAGGAAGACGAGCAGUCGCCACAGUCCUCCGCCGCCUUGUCUUGGAUGGGAUCAUCAGUGGACCCCCCCUCCUUUGGCCAGAGUCUUCCUCUUGCCUACCUUAGAACUAGAAGCUCUACCAGCUUGACUUGUCUCGAGCAGCAGAUUCAUGCCCGAGCGGAUAUGAAGCUCUCCAAGAGGAGACAACCAUUUGUGCCCUAUGCCUUACGUAACCAUACUGGAUGCACUAUGUUGUUUGCUACUCUCACUACCACACCAACCAGAGUGGCGCUGUCUCACAGCAGUAGUGCUGACUCCAUAUCUGAUGUGCAUGGGCCUGGGACCGAUGAUACGCACAACAUCAGCCAGUGGAGAGAGGUGCUGCCAGGGGAGGAGAUCCCAUUUGAGUUUGAGGCCCGGGAGAAACUGAGACACAGACACACCCAUGAGCUGAAACUCCACCAGCUGCUGGUGCGUGUUGUAGGCUGGGAGCAGGUGAAGCCAGUGUCAGUGGACAAGGUUGGAGUAUUUUUCCGCUACGCCGCUCCUGAUCGAAACAACCCCUCAAGUACUGUUGGCAGCCCAAUUAGCAGAACCAACAUCAUACACCCUCAUGUAUAUUUCUCAGCUUUGCCGCCUGUUCGAGUGGUUUUCUCUAUCACUAUGGAGGGCAGUGCACGUAAGGUCAUUACAGUGCAGUCAGCACUCAAAGUGAAGAAUCACCUUGAGGUUCCCAUGGAAGUGCGACUAGACAGCCCUUCAGCUCCAGACAAACCUGUUAUCCUGCCUCCCAUCCUGCCUGGAGAGGCCUUGGCCAUCCCUCUCCAUCUGACCUCUUGGAGGCUUCAGGCGAGACCUAAAGGCUUGGGGUUGUUCUUCUGUAAAAUGGCCAUCCAUUGGACCUCUGUGGAGCGGCCUGGUGAGGUCAGCAGCAGUAAGAGAGAGUGCCAGUCAGCAGACUUUGAUGAACAACUCAAGCGCAGCUUCAGGUUUUGUGUUGUCAUUAAAAAAGAGAACUACCCCGAUCAGAAGCCUGCCAAAACUGUAGCAGGAGGUACAAAGCAGAUCUACCGCCAACCAGGUCACACCAUCUAUCUGCUGCCCACCCUGGUGCUGGCCAACCUUCUUCCCUGUGACCUUAACUACUACAUCAAAGGGACCUCAAUCAAGGGAACCAUGAAACCAGGCAAAGAGGCAGUGCUGCAUGCAGCAGACACAUCACAAAAUCUAGAAUUAGGUGUGCUCCUGGAGAACUUUCCUAUGUGUAAGGAGCUGCUCAUCCCUCCCGGUACACAAAACUAUGUGGUGCGCAUGCGGUUAUAUGAUGUCAACAAACGGCUGCUCUGUCUCACCAUACGGAUUGUUCUCAGAGUCCACGGAGCAUUAAAAAUCCUCAUCUCUGCUUCCUAUUGGCUUGUCAACAAGACUGGGCUGCCUCUGAUCUUUCGCCAGGACAAUGGGAAAACGGAUGCCGCUGGGCAGUUUGAGGAGCAUGAGUUAGCCAGGAGUUUGAGCCCAUUGCUCUUUUGCUACACUGACAAAGAGCAACCCAAUAUGUGCACCAUGCGGAUCGGUAAAGGGAUCCACCCAGAUGGUGUUCCAGGAUGGUGCCAAGGUUUCUCUCUGGAUGGGGGGAGUGGAGUGAGAGCAGUUAAAGUCAUCCAGCAUGGUAACAGACCAGGACUCAUCUACAAUAUAGGAAUAAAUGUGAGAAAAGGGAAAGGACGUUAUCGUGACACACACAUUGUGACCUUUGCUCCACGAUACCUGCUUGACAAUCGAUCAUCUCACAAGUUAGCCUUUUCUCAGCGGGAAUUUGUCAGAGGAAAGGGUACUGCAAAUCCAGAGGGAUAUAUCUCCACCCUGCCAGGCUCUAGUGUUGUGUUCCACUGGCCCAGAAAUGACUACGAUCAGCUUCUCUGUGUCCGUCUCAUGGAUGUUCCCAACUACACCUGGUCUGGAGGUUUUGAGGUCAACAAGCCUAAAUCCUUCCACAUCAACAUGAGGGACACUUUGGGAAACUGCUUCUUCCUCCGAGCUGAGAUUGCUUUGAAAGGGGCAACAUAUCAAAUCUCAUUCAGUGACACUGACCAGCUGCCCCCACCCUUCCGUAUAGAUAACAUCUCUGAGGUGCCUAUCCAGUUCUGGCAACAUGGAGUGGCUGAUAUCAGGCUACACACAGAGGUAAAACCUGGGGCGGUUCUGGACUAUGCCUGCGACGAACCCAUUCUUCAACCCUACAUCACCCUCACUGUGAAGGGAGCUGGAUCCUCAGAGGUUACUGCUGACAUGAACUUCUUCAGAGAAUACAACAAGCUCUACUAUGAGAACUUCAUCUACAUUGCUGCAUCCUUCACAUUCUCAGAAGAUGCAGGAAAGAGGCCAGUGGGGAGGAAACGGGUGGUCAGCUGUGCUGAACUGGUGCUGGAUGUGGAGACGAAAACACAAAGAGUCAUCCUGAAGAAAAAGGAGCCUGGAAAGCGCUCCCAGCUUUGGCGGAUGACGGGAACAGGAAUGCUCUGUCAUGAGGGCUCAUCUCCUCCACAGAGCAAACCUUCUCAGCCUCGACCCCUCAGUUCAUCUUUAGUGCUUGACAUUGCUGGACUGGCUGCAGUGACAGACAACAGCUAUGAGCCUCUGAUGUUGAGACGGCCAGACUGCCGCCGCAGCACCACACAGACAUGGCACUUCAGCUCUGGCAUGUUGACCUGUGGUUUACCCAGACUAGUCGUCCAGGUAAGAGGGGGAGUUUCUGGACUAUAUGAUGGUGCUGAGGUGGUACUGGGACCAGACUCUGGUGUUUUGGAACCGUUACCAGAGCAACAGUUCAUCAACCAGAAAAUGAGGCCUGGCUCAGGGGUUCUGUCUAUACAAGUCCUGCCUGAUGGGCCAACGCGAGUAUUGCAGAUCAGUGACUUCAACCAACGGCGCGUGAAUAGACCCUCUCCCAGCACGGAGGAAGACCAGAAUAAAGAGAGCGCUCAGAAGAAAGUUCCUGAGGAGGAGCUUGAGGUGUUGGUGAACCUAGAGGAAGGAGUGGGCCUGUCACUGGUGAAUAAGCUUCCUGAAGAGCUCGUUUUUGCCACUCUGUCUGGCAUUGAUGUGCACUUCAUCCGUACCACUGCCAGCCAGGUGCUAGAACUUACAGUGAAAGACAUUCAGGUGGACAACCAGCUCCUGGGCACCACUCACCCUGUUAUGCUGUGUGUGGCUCCAAGCUCCAGUGAAAGUUCUGCAGUGGACUCAGGCCCUGCUUUGCAGGUCAACUCUGUUAAAGUGCCCAGCAGUCUUAUGCUCACAGAUCUUUAUAAGCAUCUGAUGGUCACAGCCCGCCGCUAUACUGUCAUCAUUGAGGAGAAGCUCCUAAUGAAACUGCUCAUAUUCUUUGGCUACGGUCAGGCAGAGGGAGAGGUGGAGAAGCUGGAUGAGAACCUUUAUGAGAAAACCAAUGAAGGUGCAGGAACUCCAAAGCGUUAUUAUUUUGAGAACUUGAAGAUCAGUCUUCCUCAGGUCAAGCUGAGUGUCUUCACCUCUCACAAGUUACCCCCUGACCUGAAGGCUUUGAAGGGAGCCCUUGGGUUCCCACUCAUUCGGUUUGAAGAUGCAAUCAUUAACAUGUACCCCUACACUCGAGUCCAUCCCUAUGAGACGCAGGAGAUGAUCAUCAGUGACAUCCUCAAGCACUUCAAAGAGGAGCUUAUCAGUCAGGCAGCUCAGAUCCUAGGUUCAGUGGACUUCCUGGGUAACCCCAUGGGCCUCCUGAAUGACGUUACUGAGGGUAUGAAUGAACUUAUCAAGUACGGCAACGUUGGAGGGCUCAUCCGCAGUGUUACACAUGGUGUUUCCAACUCCGCUGCCAAGUUUGCAGGUACCUUAUCAGAUGGAUUGGGCAAGACAAUGGACAAUCGCCAUCAGACUGAACGAGAGUGCAUUCGCUAUCAUGGAGCAACCAGCGGAGAGCACCUUGUGGCAGGGAUUCAUGGUCUUGCUCAUGGCAUCAUUGGCGGUCUGACCAGUGUGAUAACAUCAACAGUGGAGGGGGUGAAGACUGAGGGGGGUGUCGGUGGAUUUUUCUCUGGUCUGGGGAAGGGACUGGUCGGCACAGUGACAAAACCUGUGGCAGGAGCCCUGGAUUUUGCCUCAGAAACAGCACAAACUGUCCGAGACAUGGCCAGCCUAAGCAACAGGCUGAGCGUGCAGCGAGUAAGGAAGCCGCGCUGCUGUAAGGGCCCUCAGGGGCUGCUGCCUCGAUUCUCCUCCCUACAAGCAGAUGGACAAGAACAGCUCUUUCACUUAACGGACAAUAUCCACUCUGAAUAUUUCAUUGCAGUGGAGCCCAUAGACACAUACUGUGUGCUGAUCUCCUCCAAAAUGGUAUAUUUCCUCAAGCCUGGAGAAUUUGCGGAUCGUGAAGCAAUCUUUUUAGAGGUCAAAUAUGAUGAUCUCUAUCAUUGUCUGGUGUCCAAGGACCAUGGGAAAGUAUAUGUACAGCUUACUAAGAAAGCAGAAAGCACCAGCAGUGGAGUGGCCAUUCCAGGUCCAUCACACCAGAAACCUAUGGUCCAUGUGAAUAGUGAGAGCCUUGCCAUCAAGAUUUCACAAGAAAUCAAUUACGCCAAGAGCCUUUACUAUGAACAGCAGCUCAUGCUGCCUCCCAGUGAGAAUGAGGAUAGCUUAUUAUUAGACUCUUAACUACACUGACCUGCAGGGUAGAAGGUGUUUCUCGCUCAUUGUUCAACAGCUACUUCCUUUUUUCUGUUUCUGUGGAAGGACAGUAAUAAAUCAGCAGAGCGUGAUCACCCACUUAAGCCAGUAUACGGGACAUGCUCACAGCAUGUGGUUUGUUCAGUGAUGCAAACUAGUCUAGAGGGGCUGCUGUAAGCUCCAGCAAGCACAGAUUUAACUUGAACAUAUGCAAGUAUUAUAAGUUCCUUGCAAACCUUAGAAGUAUAAUUAAUUUUGUUUUACAAUUGGUAAAAUAACUGGUGUUUGUCGCUAGAUGUACACGGCUAUUCUAACACUGUGUAUAUGUCUGUGUAUAGAUCCUCUAUGUACAUAGGCACAAACCAAUAGGACUAUAUCUGCCAUGUAUAUAUAAUGUUGAAAAUAAGAAUAUGGUAUGAAAUUAAUCUUGGGUUGCUGUACAAAAUUGCCUUUAAAAGAAAGUUCAUUUUGCUCUGAAUAUGUGAGUGAUUGGAGGUUGAUUGAAUGAUUGAACUGCACUGAUACAAAUGUAGGAAACUUAAGCUGCUCUCUCCAUUCCCUGGUGAGCCAACAUUAACACAAACACAACACAGAGAAUGAGUGUUGUAAAUACUGUCAUUGCAUUUUUCACUUCUCCACAUGCAGUCCACCCACAAAACAUCUGUCUGACGUUUUUCUUCUACCAGUUUCUUAUUUUCUUGUCUUUUCUAUAUUCACCUUAAGGAAGGUAAUGAAAAAUAUGAGUGAGAAAUUUGACGUGUUUACCCUUUAUUUCGUUUUUAAGAUCUUUUACAAGUUCAAGCUUAAGAUAUGAAACACUUUUAACAUAUUUCAACAUAUAAAAUAAUGGUGUUCUGUAGCACAUAAAAUAAUGGUUCUCUGCCUUUUUGUGCGUACAAUCAAAAUGAAGAUUUGUCAUCUGCUAUUUUUACAUCACAGAGACAAUAAUCUACUGUACUUAAUUUUCCCCCAUCUCAAACACUUAUUUUACUCACCGUUUUAAAUUGAACAAUAUCAAGUAAUUCAUUAAGUCUCACUGAAUGAAACUAUUCAUUUUAAGUUGUUACAAGUCGCUACCAAAGAUCAGACACUAUUAAUGUUUUCUCUUUUAGAGAAUUACCGUCCUCGCUUAUCUUAACUGUGUACAUAUACUAGUCUUUCAAAAUAAAAUGUAGAUUUUUAACUUAUGUGACAGUGCCUCUGAAAACACUGGUCAAUAUAAUUUAGGAUAAUAUGAACAGUACUCCUAAUGUGUUUUCUAAGUUGUCUAUUAUUUAAAUAUUAAUAUGUUGAAUACAACCCUACAAAGCUGGUUUCCUCUAUAACUGCACAAAUAUGCAAAGUAAAUGUAAUGUAUAUUUAAUUUGUUUUAAUAUGCAAAUGUGUAAA